AUAAACACAAACUAGAAUGUAUACAAAAAACCGGACACUCUACACCAUCCAGCUCAGCACAUUCACAUUUUUCCUCCCCAAGAGGCACUCCUCCACGCUGGCAUACGGCUGAAGUUCCUGAACAGUUCAAGUAAUAACAUCAACACAGCAGCCAUCGAUGACAUGAGGAAACGUAGCCACUAGGGCUUGGAAAACCGAUUGACUUAAUCUACUUUUCGUCUUUGGUAGCAGAGGUAUUCGCGAAAAUGGGUGCCUCAAAUCCAGAGCAUGAGCUCUCCCUAUAUGAUCGAUCCUUGUUGCUGGAUUUGGACUUCUCCAAAUCGCCUGCCAAAUUCAGUCCCCCCAUUUCGGCAGCCAAUCCCGGAGAAUCCUGGCUGAAGGUUCGGCCCUUACAAAGUGGUGACUUUCAUCGUGGAUUUCUGCAAAUAUUAUCUCAGUUAACAUCCGUCGGGGAUGUAACCCUCGCUCAGUUCCUCAAUCGGUUCGCACAAAUGCGAGCUAGCGGAGAUUAUUUCGUGACAGUGAUUGUCGAUUCACGAUACGACAAAAUCAUCGGAAGCGCAACACUCGUGCUGGAGCACAAAUUUAUCCAUGGAUGUUCAGUUCGUGGACGUUUGGAGGAUGUUGUAGUUGAUGACACCUACCGUGGAAAGCAACUUGGAAAACUGAUCGUGGUUACCGUAUCCCUGCUGGCAGCGCGGCUCGGCUGCUAUAAAAUGUCUCUUGAUUGCAAAGAUAAACUUAUACCGUUCUACAAAUCUAUCGGCUAUAUGCUUGAACCGGGUAAUGCCAAUACGAUGAACAUCCGCUACGAACAACCUCUCAUUGUGAUCGUCAACCGCACUUCACUCAACGAGCCACCGGAUGUAACCGCACCAUCCUGACAAUUAGCCGCCAGUGCUGCCCUCAAAAAAUCCAAACUGUGAAACCAUAUUCAUUGCAGCUCAACAAAAAGUCGCCGUAGUGCGGUUUUCUGUUGAGGAUUAAUCUGAUGCUUUGUUUCGGCUACCCACCAUCCUAAAUUUUCGUAUGCACAAAACAUGUACUAUUUUAAACCUUGUCGAUCUUUUGUGUGUGUGUUAAAAUGAAAUUUUCCGAACAAGGCACGAUGGUUUUCAUACAUCGAUUUCAAUUUCAAUUGGAUUUUUAGUAGCAUCUGGCACAUAAUCGGAAUGUUAAUUAUAGGGUAAGUUCUACUUAUAUUCAGCUUCAAAUCUGUCUGGUGGAAAUGCUUCCGAAAUGCAAAACAUGGUUAUCGCACUUGAUUCUUUGUAUUUAAUUAUAAUAGGCGGUAAAUAAAAAUUUUUAUUCAAAAA